CGCCAAGCGAGAGCAGUUCAACGCUUUGAGCCAAGUGUCGGCAACCACGCAAAUGUCUCAGACACGCACAACGACAGCGUUUGGAGCGCGCCAUUCGCAUGAUUUUCAUACAAAUUCCAUAUCGCUGAAGCAGCGCUCCAAAUCUGCAAAUCCACCGCAAUUGCGGCCAUUUAGCGGCGUGCAGAGUUCACGACCCCGUUGUGUGCCGCCUUUCUCCAUACAAUCGCAGCAAAAAAAUACGAUUGUCAUCAACGGGCCAAUUCUGGAAAAGUCCUCAGUAACGGCAAGCGCUCGCGCCCGUAAUCCCAAAAGUUUGAAGAAGCAGCAGAAAUCUAUAUCUUCCUUUAACUUGGGUGCCAGCUUUAAUGGCAGCCCUGCAGGCGUUGUGGCUAAAAAUCAGGGGCGUGGCACGCUCUUUCGCAUGUAUUUCGAUCGCGGGGACUUACCCAUAAAAAUGGAAUAUCUCUGUGGGGGCGACAAAAUUGGUUGGACGGUGGACAUAGAAAAGCUGGACUACAGCCUCUAUUUGCCAUUGUUCUUUGAUGGACUUGCGGAGCCCAAGCAUCCAUACAAGACAUAUGCGCGUCAAGGAGUGACCGAUCUCUUGCAGGCGGGAGGCGAAAAGAUACACGCCGUAGUGCCGCAAUUAAUUUUACCAUUAAAGAAUGCACUGAGCACACGCAAUUUGGAGGUUAUGUGCACUACAUUGAAGAUCAUACAGCAACUGGUGAUGGCUGCUGAUAAUGUGGGUCCAGCUUUAGUUCCCUUCUAUAGACAGCUGUUGCCCAUGUUUAAUGCGUUUAAGGUAAAAAACCUAAACUGCGGUGAUGAGAUUGAUUAUGCUCAGAAGAAUAAUCUGAAUCUGGGCGACUUGAUAGACGAAACGUUGCAGGUGCUGGAGCUGCAUGGCGGCGAGGAUGCUUUUAUUAAUAUCAAGUAUAUGGUACCAACCUACGAGUCCUGCUAUUUGAAUUAGGCGCUCAUUUUUAUAG